GCACACUGGUCAUUGUAGGACUUCAGACAUGCUUGGUGCUUUUUGAAAGAAAGGAGAGGUUAUUUUUCUUUUGAGGUGUCAUUUUAUUCAUCUUCUGAGGUAUUGUUUUCCAUUUAUAUCUUAUUCCUGGAUUUAUUAUGUUUAAUUAAGACAACAAAACUGGCUGCAUUGUGCAAAGAAGUUGGCAACAGAGAAACUGCGGUAUUUGUGAUAGAUUGGCUUCUUGCUAGUUAUAGCAUUGUUUUUUUUUUUUUGUGAUCAUGACUUCUAUGGAAACUAGUCCUGGAAUUGACCUUAUCCAGGUCAGGAUUGAAUCUCUGAGCAGCAAAAUGGACACUCUCAUAAGCAUCCAGGAGAAGGUCCUGAGCCGUCUUGAUAGCAUGUCCCAGGACAUUGACGGGAUAGAGAAGGACAUGGAAACUCUGAAACUGGACAAGGAGGAGGUCAAUUUGCCUCCACCAACAUGCAACGAAGGACCAGCUCGAGGGAUCAGAGGCGAGAUGAAAGAAAUUUGCCAAGAAAUGAGCACCAUCAUGACAGCGGUCAACCAGCGCUCGGAGCAGCAGGCCCAGAAGCUUGAGGGCAUGGAAAGGCUGGUGCUGAGCAUCCAGCAGGUUGUCAGCUUCAUUGGGGAAACCGUCAAGACGUCCAAAGUCAUGGAGCUCAUGUUUAAGGGGCCAGCAUCACGCAAGCACAAAACAUCUUUAAGCUUGGGGCCCAAGAACAGGGAUAACAAAGGCAAACAAAACACUAAGAAACAGGCCUCCGGUGAGGCCCCUCCAGGCAAGGAUCAUAAGGUGAAAGAUGGGAAGGAGAAGUCUCGUCUAAACUUCAAGGGCUUGAAGGCACAGAAGAAAAAGAAGCCCCCAGACACCACAGACACUGCCUCUCUGAAGAAGCAGGCCCUGCUGCUGGAGGAGGUUCAGAAGUUGAACAAAGAGAAUGCUGAGCGUUUGACAGUGUCUGUGGGGAUGGAGGUUGAGGCGCCUCUCAGCCAAAACCUUCUGGACUUCAUCCUGGAUGAAACCAAGGCUGCGAUUGCCGAGCAAGAGGAGCUCUCAGAGGAGGAACGAGAUGUCGGUGUGGAGCUGAAAGAGGAGGAGGUGAAGGUGGAGAGUGGACCAGAGGAGACGCCUAAGGAGGAACAAGAGGAGAUCACAAAGGUGCCUGAGGAAGAGGAAAAGGAUGAAGGAUCUGACAGUGUGUCUGCUGUAGAGGCUGAGAGCUGCGAAGCGGAACAAGUGGAUGAAAUGACCACUAGUAGCAAGCGGCGUGUGACAGAGGAGGACCUUGAGCUGGAGGACCACAAGAAAAGCAGGGUGGAGGAAGGUGACGAUGAGGAGGAAAACCAGGCUGAGGUGCCUGAAGAUGUGCUUGCUGUUUUCAAAGCGGAUGGAGUGGAAAUCCAUAUAGAUUUCAGCAAACAGAAGCAACAGGAGGAUAACAUACCUGACGAAUCCGAGUGCGAGCAGUUCUUCAUCGAUUGCACCCCACCACCACCCGCUCCCUUCAGCCACCGUGUGGUUUCAGCCAAACCCAAUCAGAUCAACAACUUUUACACCAUCAACCGGCAGGAGAUCCUGGGAGGAGGCCGCUUUGGCCAGGUGCACAAGUGUAUCGAGAACUCUUCUGGACUCACUCUGGCAGCAAAGAUCAUUAAGGCACGGAGUCAGAAGGAAAAGGAGGUGGUAAAGAACGAGAUUCAGGUGAUGAACCAGCUGGACCACGCCAACCUGAUCCAGCUGUACGCCGCCUACGAAUCCCGGAACGAUAUCAUCCUCGUCCUUGAAUAUGUGGACGGUGGGGAGCUUUUCGACAGAAUCAUCGACGAGAACUAUAAGCUGACAGAACUGGACACAGUCAUGUUCAUCAGAGAGAUCUGCGAGGGUCUGCGCUACAUGCACAAAAUGUACAUCCUCCAUCUGGACCUGAAGCCAGAGAAUAUCCUUUGUGUUAGCAGACUGACAAACAAAGUCAAGAUCAUUGACUUUGGACUCGCAAGGAAGUACAAGCCGAAGGAGAAGUUACGGGUGAAUUUUGGCACUCCAGAGUUUCUCGCCCCAGAAGUGAUCAACUACGACUUUGUGUCCUUCAACACGGACAUGUGGAGCCUUGGAGUGAUCGCCUACAUGCUCCUGAGUGGUCUGUCACCUUUCCUUGGUGACGAUGACAACGAGACGCUGAACAACAUCUUGUCCUGCCAGUGGAACUUUGAGGAAGACGAGUUCUUGGGAAUCUCAGACGAAGCCAAGGACUUCAUCUCCAAACUGCUUGUCUUCAAUAAAAGCUGGAGAAUAGGUGCAGGCGAAGCUGUGAAGCACCCCUGGCUUUCAGACCCAGAGCUCCACCAUCGCCUGCAUGAGAAGAGGAACAUGUGCCAAUCACGUAGAAAUUCGUGUGUGCCCCCCCCAGAGAGCUAAUGUCUUUCUAGAAACCUGCUGGCCUGCUUUGACUCUGCCAGUUGAGGCCAUCUGGACCAAGCCUGCUGUGCCAUCAGUUACUGGACAUUACUUGUAUACAUUUACCUACCUGUUAGCCUGCUCUGUCUGGAUCACGUCUCGCACAGUUUUGCCAUUCUGGUAAUUGCAGUCACAUUUUGUGCACGUUCAGCUGCUUUUUAAAAGUGCUGCUUAUAUUUGAGAGUUAAUAUAUAAACAAAAACAUUAGUAUUAUUGUUUAGGAUAUCACUUAUGAAUUUGGCAUGAAAAGAUCACAAGCAGGUGGGUCGUGGAACAAAAUGACUCACAGCCCAAUGCCCAAGUACUUGGACAGACUUUUGUAAAAAUGAUUUAACAGUUAAACUAAUAACCAACUAAAUUGUCUCCUUAUAGCAGCGGCCCUUAAAGGGACACUCUGGCCAAAAUGGAGCCAUUGCUCGGCCUGCUGUAAAUAUGCCUACUUACAGCAGCGCCGCAGUAGUCUCUGAGUGAGCUUUCUCGGUUUAAGAUGAGGAAAGCCCCCUUCUGAUGAUGCAUCUUGAAGGUGAACAUUCGAAAGACUACAAGUUGUUUGAAAUGAAUUAUUCAUUUGACACUAAAUAAACAAUUGACGGCUGAACUGAUGGAAGUCACUGCUACGUCAGAAAUGCUACCCAACAACAGAGAUGCAUUUCUCAGACUUUACAUUAUUGGCGAGCAGCCAGGAUGUAUUGAGGGCAGUGCAUGCUGGUUAUUGUAGUGAGAGGCCAUUGAUGGAUAAAAAUAAUACAAAAUUACGGAUUCCGUUAAAACCAUGAGGCUGAGGGAUGCAAU